CAUACAAUGGUCAGAAAUAGAAGAAAUCAUAAAUGAUACUUUCAUAGGAACUAAUAUCAAGACUAUUGUAUGUAUGAAUCAUGUUGAAUAUAUAUGUGAGUUAGACCAGAGAAAUAAAAUUUUUGAAAUAUAUUAUUCUUCGAGAUUAGGAGGUCAUUCGGGAGUGAAUCGAACUUACAAUAGAAUUAAAGAUAAAUACUGUUGGGAAAACCUAAAGAACGACAUACAAAAAAGAAUUUCCAUGUGUAUAGAAUGUCAAAGAAACAAAUUAAAACGUAAACCUACACGACAACCAAUGAUUAUAACAGAUACACCUUUCAAAACUUUUGAUAAAGUUGCCAUGGAUAUAAUGGGGCCAUUUGAUAUUACAAAAAGUAAUAAUUGGUACAUACUUUCAAUUCAAGACCAACUUUCAAAAUUUAUCAUAUUAGUAGCAUUAAAAGACCAAACAGCAGAAGCUGUAAGCGAAGCUUUUAUAAAAUGGUUUAUUUGUACUUUCGGAACUCCAAAAAUAGUACUAACGGACAGAGCACAAAACUUCAGAAGCAAAAUGUUAAAACAAAUUGCCAAAAGAUUUCAUUUCGAAAAAAUUGAAACAACGUCGUUUUCACCUCAAUCUAAUAGAUCUGUCGAAAGAGCUAACCAUCCGCUUUGCGAAUACAUCAAACAAUUUACAUUACAAAAAUGUGAUUGGGACGAACUACUAGAGUUGGCCCAAUUCAACUACAACACCAGCGUACACACUAGUCACAAUUUCACACCACAUGAAUUAGUUUUUGCUUUUCCAGCUAAACUACCAUCUAGUGUACCAUUAAAAGAAUCCGAACAAUUACCAACUUUUAAUGGAUACCUAGAGAAUUUAAUAAAAAACAUGAAUAUAAUAUUACACAUGGCUAGAGAAAAUCUAAUAACCUCAAAACAAAAAUCAAAAAAUUAUUAUGACCGAUUUACAAAUCCAGUAAAUUUAAAAAUUGGAGAUAAAGUAUGGUUCAUGAAAGAACCAAGACCGGGGAAAUUAGAGAAAAAUAAAUAUUUAGGACCUUUUGAAGUAUUAAAAAUAACUGAAAAAGGCAGUGUUGUAAUCGAUUACAAUGGAAAACCAAAAACAAUUCAUGCCAAUAAAUUAAGCGUAGCAAAACAAGCAUAGUAAUCUUAUUCUAUUUCCAGGAAACACAAUGGCGCAAAAAUCAAUGACUAUCUUAAUCAUAAUCACCUCCUUCUCAACAAGCAAAGGACUUAUUGGCUCCAAUUGCGGCUCAACGAACCCUACCAUUACAACAUAUUCACUCUUGGAUGCAGGGGAAUGCAACUUUCAAGAAAUUCAAGUAAAUAGCACACAAGCCACUAUCGAACUAUUACAAAAAACGGAAUUCAAAUCAAUGAAAAUCAUACAAUGUAAAAUAGAAAUAAGGUGAACAAUUUUUCAUUGCGGUAUGUUUAGUCAUUUAGGCCCAACCGAAAAUGCAAUCCAAGAAUACAUUUACGAAAUAUCACACGACAACUGUAAAGCUAUACAUGAUACGGGUAUUUUUAAAUAUGAUAAUGCACACACAAUAGCCGACCUAAGGAUUAACUCGACAAAAAGUGUAGGUUUAGAUCUAGCAGGAAACGUUAAGGGAAAAACUUGUUCAGGGGCAGCCUACGCCGACCGAUUUGGUACGUGGAGCGAUGUUCUCGUACAGGGACUUAUAAAAAUAACCUUGUUAGAAAGCUAUGCAGCAGUCGAAUUAAACAAUGAUAGAUUAAGAUUAAAUUCGGGUACAGUAUGUAAGUUUUCGGACCAACAUUGUAUCGAUAUGGAAGGGGGUUACACUUUUUGGUCAUUACUACCGCACGAGGACUGUUUCGAGAAUCAAUACGAUAUACUGUAUAGAGGAACGGUCACUAAAAUAAGCUCACCCGAUCAUGAAACGAUUUUUAGCAUAAGUACGAAGUAUCCUUUGCAUUGUCAACUAGAGGGAACAUGAGUUUUUGCAACAGAAUCUUAAUCACAACUGAACAUCCAAAACUUUUUAUAUAUGAACGAACCCAAUUCAAUAUUUUGUACGACAAUGAUAUUCAAACGAAGCAAGGGAUACUUAGCUAUGAUCUAUUCACGUAUUUCAAUAGCAAAUUUGUGUAUGUAAAGAAACAUUUCAGGGUCGAAAUAAAAAGCCUCUAUAUAGAUAUAUUGCAACAAAAAUGUGAAUUGGAAAGGAAAGUCCUAUAUAACUCCUUAUCCCUGGCGUCCCUCUCACCAGAUGAAAUUGCGUACAACAUCAUGGAGAAGCCCGGGUACAUAGCUCGCCUGGCAGGGGAAGCCGUUCAUAUUAUACAAUGUACGCCUACAGAAGUUCAACUAUUUCAUACAGACAAAUGUUUCUCGCAACUUCCAGUCAUUUCAAGAAACGAAUGGAUAAAUUUGAUACCAACACCGAGAGGAACAACCAACGCAGUUCUAACCUUGAAACCGACCACCAAAAUAACAUGGAAACCGACGGAACUAGAAUCAUUGGCGACCAGUGGGAUCUACUCCCAAGAAGACCUACAUAAACUACAAAAUCACAUCUUCUUGCCCAUGGAGAAAGCAUCACUCCUCAACCUAAUCGCGAGAAGUAUGCGAGGCGACGAAAGUGUAGAGGGAGGAUUAGUAUCAAACCUAAUACUGACAGAACAAACACUAACCAACAUCGCUGGAAGCACAUGGAACAAGUUCAUCACCAAACUAACUAAAUUUGGUUCUAUAAGUUCUGCCAUCAUAAUGAUCGCCAUUAUAUUUCAAUACGGUAAAAGUUUAAUCAAUGUAAUAAUCAGAGGCUACACUCUACACUCUAUAUAUGGAAUUUCUGCAUAUUUGCUAGGAGCCAUAUUUAGUUCAAUAACAUAAUUACUGGUGGCACUGAACAAACCACUGCUCAAACAGAGAAACCAAACUCCAUUAAAAGAUGAAAAAUAUGCAUUGGAUGAAAUAAUAAUAGACAAACAAAAAAAUGAGAACCCACAAGCAAUAACCCCAUUCACGAAUCAGACCUCAAAUACCACACCCCCCGUCCCUACUCCUAAAGAAAUUUCCACCAGAAAGAAGCAACAUAUUCCAAUUUUCACAUUAGAAUCACAUUAGUUAAAAACACAAAUCUGUUAUAUAUAUACAUAUCGAAUCCUGAAAUGAAGCUCUACUAUACCACGAUACGGAGUAUUAUUGUUCGCGUAGCAUUAAAAGUACUAUUAAGGCAAAAUUAAAGCAUAUUCAAUUGAUUGCCGAAUAACCAAGAGUAAUGUACAUUUAUUUAUUUAUUCUGUUUGUUUUGCGUUGAUAUCACACCGAUAUACAAUGAUCUAGCCACGGAGGUGUUACGUCCUGAGACGUAAAUAUUUCUUCAUUUUGAUUUCAUCAGCAAUCGAUUGAAAACGAAAUAAUGUAUAAACGACGAACGGCAUUUUCACGAAAUACAAACUCAGCGAAAUUAAAAGAUAAGUAGUCCGAAAAUUUGGGGCGCCCGACAUUUUGAUUUUCUGAUUACUCAACACAUUAAUACGGGCCGAAGAGUCAAUAUAAAAACAGAGACUCGACUUUUCGGCAGCGGAUUCGCGACGCGCGACUACUCAAUAGCAUUAAAAUUUGUUAAAGUUCUUAUGAGCUAAUUCGCGAAGCGCGACGGCCGAAUAAUGUACAAUUUACCUAUUGUUAUUUUUUUGAGAAAUCAUUUCUGUC